UCUCUCUAAAAACCUCUGCUCCCUUUGAGUCCUCUCUUUUUUACACUCACAAAACCACACACUCUCUUUUCUUUUGUUAUUUUGAGGCGCACAAUAGACCCCUCACUAGGGUCUCAUCCCAUCCAAUCCAAUCACUCAGCCACCACUCCACUAACUGUUUUUUUUUCUCUCCUCCAACCGUCGCCGUUCGAUUCUCUUUCUCCGUCGAUCCUCUCCGAUCCUUCUCUCUCACUCACCAUGUGGAUCUUCUUCGAACCGCGUUUCUCUUCAAAAAAACGUUUCGUCGUUUCCUGAUAUAACGGAAUGAUUCGGUCUCUAAAUAUCGGUUUCGGUAUCCGAUUUUGUUUUGUUGCUGCUUUAAACUGAUUAUUAACUUUUGAGCCGAUUUUGUUUUUGUUGUUUUUCGAGUUUUUUUUGUUUUUGUUUUUGGUUAUGGAGGAUCGGAGCUUGAACAGAAUGAAUAGCGGAAUGUCUGACGUGGUUCUCGGCUGUGUGAUGCCGUAUAUUCACGACCCGAAAGACCGAGACGCGGUGUCUCUGGUUUGCAAGAGGUGGUACGAGCUCGACGCGCUCACGCGCAAGCACGUGACGAUCGCGCUCUGCUACACCACGAGUCCCGAUCGGCUGCGGCGCCGUUUUCGGCACCUCGAAUCUCUGAAGCUUAAAGGAAAGCCGCGAGCGGCCAUGUUCAACCUCAUACCUGAAGAUUGGGGUGGCUACGUCACUCCCUGGGUGAGAGAGAUCGCCGAGUCUUUCAAUUGCUUGAAAUCGCUCCACUUUCGCCGAAUGAUUGUUCGAGAUUCGGAUCUGGAACUUCUCGCUCGCACUCGCGGCCGUGUUCUCCUCGCUCUGAAGCUCGACAAGUGCUCUGGCUUCUCCACCGAUGGCCUUCUACAUAUCGGCCGAUCUUGCAAGAAUUUAAAAACUUUGUUUUUGGAGGAGAGCUUCAUUGCUGAGAAUGAUGGUGACUGGCUACAUGAGCUUGCUUUGAACAACACGGUUCUUGAAACUUUAAAUUUUUAUAUGACGGAUCUUGCCCAGGUCAGAUAUGAGGACCUGGAACUCAUUGCUAGAAAUUGCCGCUCCUUGAUCUCUGUGAAAAUUAGUGAUCGAGAAAUCUUGGACCUCCUUGGUUUCUUUCGUAUUGCAACUGCUUUAGAAGAGUUUUGUGGGGGUUCCUUCAAUGAGCAACCAGAAAAUUACUCAGUUGUGUCAUUACCUCCAAAGUUAUGCCGUUUGGGUCUAUCAUACAUGGGGAAGAAUGAAUUUCCAAUUGUAUUCCCUUUUGCAUCCCAACUCAAAAAGUUGGAUCUACUCUAUGCACUCCUUGACACAGAUGACCAUUGUAUGUUAAUUCAAAGGUGCCCCAGCUUGGAAGUUCUUGAGACAAGGAAUGUUAUUGGGGAUAGAGGAUUAGAAGUUCUUGCUCAGAGUUGUAAGAGACUAAAGAGGCUUAGGAUUGAGCGAGGUGCCGAUGAGCAGGGAAUGGACGAUGAACAAGGUCUAGUUUCACAAAGAGGAUUGAUUGCCUUGGCUCAGGGAUGCCUAGAACUGGAAUACUUGGCUGUUUAUGUGUCUGAUAUCACAAAUGCCUCUUUGGAAUAUAUUGGCUCUUACUCAAAAAACCUUUGUGAUUUCCGCCUAGUCCUGCUUGACCGAGAAGAGAGGAUAAGCGAUUUGCCACUUGACGAUGGUGUCCGAGCUCUUUUGAGGGGCUGUGAAAAGCUUAGGAGGUUUGCGUUCUAUGUCCGACCUGGGGGUUUGACUGAUCUGGGUCUCAGUUAUAUUGGAAAGUACAGCCAAAAUGUGAGAUGGAUGCUUCUUGGUUCUGUUGGAGAGUCUGAUGCAGGGCUUUUGGAGUUUGCUAAAGGCUGUCCUAGCUUGCAAAAACUAGAAAUGAGGGGCUGUAUCUUCAGUGAGCGUGCACUGGCUGAUGCUGUGUUGCAACUCACUUCUCUGAGGUAUUUAUGGGUGCAAGGAUAUAGAGCAUCUUCAAAUGGUAGCGACCUUAUGGCAAUGGCUCGCCCAUUCUGGAAUAUCGAGUUAAUUCCUGCUAGACGAGGAGGUGUUCCCAAUGCUGUUGGGGAGACCGUGAUAGUUGAGCAUCCAGCCCAUAUACUUGCAUAUUACUCCCUUGCUGGACCGAGAACUGAUUUUCCCAAUGCCAAUACUGUUAUCCCUUUGGAUGCAGAAGCCUUUGUCACCGCGUAGAGCUGUAUAUACUACUCCGCAGAGGAGUCUUUCCUUGCCACGUCUUGUUUAUAUUUUCAUGUAGCCUUUUUCCCCUUUUGAUAAGGGGCUUUUCUAUUUUAAAUUACAUUUUUCUGCCCUAGUUCUAGACAUUAGUCCUGUAAUAAGUUUGGGUUUCCUUAUGUAAUUUGGAAGCACUUGCAUCUUUGGUGCUACCAAUCUCACUGUCCUGUUGGGGGUAGUUCGCCUAAACUUCAACACUUUGGUGACUUGUAUUAAUAUGCUGAGUCAAUCUUAUUGGAAAUUAUCGUUGUUAUUGGGUUAAAUGUUGAGAUGUUUCAAGUUUGUGAAUAAAAAUUAAGAGUGGUUUUACUUA